AUGGAGUUGGCAGUAUAUCAACUGAAAGAUGCGGAAAAUCAGUGGUACACUGAGUGGGAGAAUUCGAAGGCUAGUGAUGCUGAGCUUUCAGAGUGGGGUGAAUUUGUGGAAGCUUUUUUGGAUGAACUGGUAGGUAACAUGAGAACCCACAUGAGUAAGUUUGCAUCUGGUCUCUCGAAUAACUUUGUGUUGGAAUACAAAGGGGCAAUGCUGAACAGGGAUAUGGAUUUCUCCAUAUUUUUUGUUCACAUGCAACAAGUUGAGGAGAAGAAGAAAAGGGUGGUAGGAGCAAGGGAGAAUUACAAGCAGGCUAAGAGGUCCAGGCCGAGAGUGAAGGGUACAUUGUCACAAGGGAGUGUAUCCCAGCUUGCUAGGUCAUACCCUCGAUGUUACUCAUAUAGAAAGUAUCAUCCAACGAAGUACCAGUUAGGUAGGUUAGUGUGUUAUGCUUACGGCCAGCCAAGCCUUAUUCAGGGAGACUGUCCAUCUGAUAGAAGAUAUUUUGGAGGUUCUAAGUCCCAACCAAAUUCCUCAGCACCACUACCACCACCUAAAGGCACUACUUCUGUCAUCGGAGGUCGGCCGCAACAAAUUUAUGCUCUAUCCAGUUGCCAAGAUAUAGAGGCAUCACCAAAUAUGGUCACAGGUUAUGAAAUGGCACCUGAAGAAAAGAACCCCAAACCUACAAAGGAGGAACAAUAG